UACCAGCUGAUAAUAUCCAGCAGUUUGGAGUCUCCACCCCCACAGGUCAUGUGACUUGCAGCAUCCACUCCCCCUUCUUCAUGAGAUGGAAGGUAUCAGGCGGCCCUGAGGUGAGAUUCCCGGGAAUAGAGAGGGGGGGGGUGUUCUUCAUUAUCCAGCAUGCUGAGAAUUAUCCGCCAUCUCUGGCUGGCAGCUGAUUCUGCUCCUCCCCCUCCCUGUAGGUGGCUCCCCCCCGUCUCCAGAUCCCCCCGAGAGUCCGAUGAAGACUUCGCUUCCCGUGUCCAGAAGAUCUUGGCGUCCUCGUUGGGGGUGCGCGGUACAAAUCACAAGGCGGCAGACUAUGCAGAACAUGUGAAGAGAAGAGCCAGAGACGCCCCCCCCAGGAUGCAGCAGCAGCGCCCCCCUCCGGUGUCCCCGGGGGCUGAGGACAUGGCGCGGAGGGUGAAGGAAGUCUUACCACAAGUCCCCCUCUCUGUCAUCCACAAGGACCUCGCUCAGACCGGUUGCGUUGAUACGACGAUCACCAAUAUCCUGGAGGGGAGUGUCUCCUAUGUACCGGAGGCGGAGCCACAGAAAGGAAACGAUACCCCCGACCCGGGCAGCAGCCGCCCCUCCAGGACGUCACAUGAAGGAUUUGCACGCAGACCGGAAGAACGACAUCUGUCACUGCAGGAGCGCAAGGAGGCGUUGUAUGAAUCCGCCCGCAGGAAAUAUCUGGAGAAGUUCGGGAGCCCCGGCACAGCGACAGAGGAGUCUGCGAGAGGAUGAUCGCCAUUGUUGGGGGGAGGGGUGGUUGGGCGGGAAUCUGAGGUGGGCAGUUAUGGGUGGAGUCCAUGCAGUGUUGGGGGGCCCCCGGCAAGGUGGGCUAUUAGAGUGAAGGGGGCCCAGCAAUUAUGGGCGGAGUCUGCAGUGCUGGGGAGGGGCGAACACACAGUAAGAUGGGGUAUUGGGG